AGACCGUGGAUAGUAAACACCGGUCAAACAUUUUCGUCGCACCGAUUAUAUAAAAGGCUCUUUACCUCUAAGCACUGCAUUUCUGUUGUGAAUCCCAAUGCGAUACACAACAAGCGCGCGUUUGAAUCUGGAUAACAAUUUACAAGGAAGAUGUAAUUUGUUUACUAGAGCGAGAGUCACAGUGAACUAAACUGAACAACACUUGAGAACGUUUAAUAGCAGCAGGCGACAUCGCGGCAGUUUUGUUCAGCGCUGUAACGAAGCUUGUUAGCGUACUUUUAUAAGAAGAUUGUCUGCAGCGGGUAGGACACCUUGAGCGGGGGCUUGGAAAUGGAACUAAUGAGUCCUCUUUUGUUAUGUGCGCUUGCAGCGCUGUUGCCACAAGCCUUAGGUGUUAAAGCUGCUUUUAUAUCUAAGGUCAAACCAGACACACCCAAAUUUUUGGAAAUGCCUUCGAUCCAAAAAAAGAUUUGGUUAACACGAAAAACACCACCGGAGUCCCCAUUAGACAUGGUACUGAAUUACUUGCACGAAACUGAAAAGUGUUCCUUGUGCAUAGAUUGCAUAAAAAAAGCACUGUUUUUCCUUAGCAUCAGUAAAAAAUCUAUCACAGCACCAUCAACCCAUGUGCAAACUAAAAACUUUACACCAAAUAAUUUUAUUGAGAACUAUCAUCAUAACAAAGUAGUAAGAAACAAAAGAGAUACAGAAUUACCAACAAAAACAAAAAAAAGUCAUGUGAGCAAAAGCAAAAACGUGACAGUAACUAAGUAUAACAUCGACGGCCAAAUUUACGCCAUCAAAUUGAGAGAAAAAAACUCAACACAGGCAGAAAAUCAGCAAGGAGAUGAUAGGUCAUGCCAAGUAUUCAGUGUAAGGAAGUAUUACCCCUGUGAGUCGCCAAAGGCAGAAUCUAUCUUUACAAACGCGAAAAGAAAAGCAAACAAAGCAAACAGGCGAAGCAAGAAACAAACAAUAAGUACAUUGACCACGGACAAGCCUCAAUUUCAAUCGCUUGUCUUUCGAGAUAAACUUUCAGCUGAACCGAUCAUGACGUCCAUCGAAGAACUUUACAACUAAAUUUAAUAUUUUCCUAACUAAUAACCUACUCACACUUUUUUUAUUUUUUGUCGAUUUAAUUUUUUUUGUCAG